CAAAUCAAAGAAGGCUUUGCAAUAAUAAUGGAAGGCUCAUCAUCAGUGCCACCAUCGUCUUCAACAAUUUCAAGAACUGCUCUUCUGGUUUUGAGGGUUCUCACCUUUGUGUUCCUUCUCAUAGCUCUCAUUCUCAUUUCCAUCAAUAAAGGAACUGAACAGGUUAAUGGCGAUCAUUACAAAAUCAAGUUCAAUGAUCUUCGCACUUAUCGAUACAUGAUCGCCACAAUUGUCAUUGGGUUUGCAUAUAACCUUUUUCAAAUGGCACUCUCAACCUUCAAUGUGGUCUCAGGAAAGCGUCUUAUAAGUGGUGAUUUUGGCUAUCUACUUGACUUUUAUGGUGACAAGAUGACAUCAUACCUACUAGCAACAGGGGCCGCAGCAGGAUUUGGUGCAACCAUGGAUGUGCAUAGUGCUUUUAGUGACUUAAUAGGCCUUCCUUUUGAUAGCUUCUUUGAGAAGGCAAAUGCUUCAGCCAGUCUUCUCUUUAUUGGAUUUCUGUUCACAGCCACAGCUUCUGUCUUUACUUCCUAUGCUUUGCCCAAAAAACCUUAGAUUCUCUUCUACAAUAUCUUUAAUUAUCGGUGCUUAAUUGUUGUGUUAUAUAUAUAUUGAUCUUAUAUUCUAAUUAA